AUCAGUUGGUGCUCAGUUGAGGGUGUAUGAGUUGGUGCUUAGUUGUGUUCUUGGUCAACUAGCGAUCACGACGAGUUCUGAGCCUGGUCAAUGAGUGUCCUUUGGACCAAAGAAGGUCCAAGCCAUGGCGGAAGCUCCUGCAACCCAGGGCGUCGCUAGGUCAAGGACAUCCAGUGUCAGAGAGCAAAAACCCAGAGGUCAAAAUAGAGGAGGUCGAGAAAAUGUUCGGGAACCAAAUCCGGAUGAGGAAGAGCCGGUGGGUCCGGUCGAGGAAGGCGAGGACAACCUGGACAGAGAAAGUAAAGAGAGUCUGGAUGAAGAAAACGAGGACAGUCUGGAUGAGAAAACCUUGAAAGAGAUCUCUCCCAGCUCCUCGGAGUCAGAAGAGGAGGAGGACUUUGGGGAUGUUGAAAAGAAUCCUGCCCAGAUUUGGAAGUGGCUGGCAUCAUAUUUGACAAAAAUAUUUUGCAAAUUCCAGAUGACAAGCUUGCUCCGUGACUUUGUCGAGUCGGAGUUCUUUGUCAUCGAUGGCGAUUCUUUAAUGACGAUGUACAUUCACAAUGCAAUGGUCGAUGGUGAGCAGAACCUGCACUUUUUCCAUCUGGUGGAAUGCUUCCUGUUUGACUUGAUCCAAAAGCAGGCCACGUUUGUCAUCACGUUCUUUAAGGAUAUGGAAUGCAUUUGGAACCAUAGUUGCUCCUGCCUCACGCUCCGCACCGCACUGAUUCUUCACCUGCAGCGCAACACGAACAUCACAAUUUACACAGAGUUUUCCAACUGCUUUGAUCCAAAGUGGGAGAACUUCCUGGGUGAGAACCAGCCCUAUUUUGUGAUGAUCUCUGACAAGGCUCACCUCCAGGAACGGGGGCAGCAUCAUUCCACGGGAUUGUUCCACAAUCUGAUGCUUCACACACUAGGGAAUGGAAUCAAUGUUGUCAUCACAUCAGGAAUCUCCCAGGACAUUCUCAGAGUUCAUGGGUAUCACCAGACCAGCAAUGCCAGCGUUAUUUUAAACUUUCAGAAGUACAAAGCGGAUCUGAAGCGAGCACACGGAGGGCUGCUGAGAUGUGCCCCGGCGUUCCACAGCAAAGUGUUUUGUGCAGCUAAUGAAAACGAACUGAUGGAGAGACUGCAAAGUGAGAUUUCCCAGAGCUACUCAGCUCUGAAGCUUUUGUGGCCCAAAGGAGCAGAUGUCCGGAGAAUUGUAUGUGCUGUGUCUUGUUCUGUGGCUCUGAAGAUCUAUGGCCAUAUGAUGGCAGUGGACAACUCCACGGGAAGCAUGCAAGGAGUUUCAGCCGACGAGGAGGAGCAACGUGAGAAACUAUCGGUGGAGGGAGCGACUGAGUUCUGCCGAGUGUACUGCCUUCACGUGGCUCUUCUCUGUAAACUACCCUUGGCACAAAGAUCUCUCAAGAGGAAUGCAAAGUGGAAAAAAACUGCUUUUCCAUUCCUGUCACUGAGGAGGAUGACGGAAUUCCUGGUUUUGAAGAAGCUGGCUUUUGCCCAGCACGGGGCGGCUGACAUGACGUACUUGACUGACAUGAACGAUCAACAACUCUUCAGAAGUGUAGCCACGAUCUGCUCCGAAAGGCCAGGAUCGGAGGCCCGAUUGGGGAGGGAGAUCGGGAGUGAAUACCGAGACAUCUGGGAAGCAGUGGCCAGGAUUUCUCCAGCUCUGGAUGUUGGAUCUACUUUCCCCGUGACGUGCUCUCCUCACCUACUUUCGAUGCCCACUGUCUCCACACCAUCAGGCCACCGAGAGCAGCCAAUUCCCUCCAUUGGUUUAAUACCAGUGAGCUCGGAAGUCGUGGAAGAAUAUCUCGGGGAAAUGCUAAACCAAAUGAACCAGCUUCACAGCGAGGAUCCCACCGUCGCAUCACUGCAGAAGCUCAGAGAGUUUGACGAAAGGUUACACUGGCAUUCGAGCAGGCCCUUGACUUUAUCCUUUCAAGAGCGGAUGGGGCAACUUUCCACAGAUCCAGAGGAGAGGAAAAAGAUGUUACGGCAGAAACAGAAGCUCGUUGUGUUCGAGAGGCUUUAUGCAGAAUCUCUGAAUGAAAACGCAGAGUUGAGGAUUGUCACUGAUCCAGCCGAGGCAGCGAAGACCAAGUCUAAAUGUCCGCCGCAUCCCAGCAAGGGGAAGGGCAUGAAGCCGGAGAAGAAGAAAAGGUCUGAAUGCAUCAUCGAGGAUCAGAAAAAGAAAAAAAUGUUGGAGGAGGAGAGGAGGGCGAAGGAACAGUGGAACUUCAUUCAAGAGACCCUUGGGAAAGACACAACUCAGCCCAUCGAGGAGAGGAUGAAAACGCUGGACAAAUUCCUGAAGACUUGUGUUAGUGAUCAGGUGAAAUUUGAUGCAGAGAUGGAAGGAGUUAAAUACUGCUAUAAAGCAUGGGAGGAACAUUACAGAUCUACAGCAGAGCCCUUGAAAGACGUGAAAAAUGCAGCCAUUUUGAUGCAAAGAAUCCACACUGUUCUGGAUCGAUAUGAGGAGCUGCUAACUCCUAAACAAUUAACCCACCUGGCCAGUUACCUCCAACAACUCGGAUUCCUCAACCUCAGAGAUACACUGAUGCAAAGAGUUGAUACGCACCAGCUGCAGAAAGAGAAGGAAAACAAGUCGCUGGCAAGAGAUCCCAAGUUUCCGGUUGGAUUAGGAGCAGCCCGUUUCCAGCUGAAGCAUAUGGGUCCUUUUCUAAUCCGGGAUGUAAGGAAUGAUCCUGAUCCCAGGGUGAAGCAUUUCAUACCAGACACCUGGCAGAGAGAGCUGCUGGACGCUGUGGAUAGCAAUGAAUCUGCAGUCAUUGUUGCUCCCACCUCGUCUGGUAAAACCUACGCAUCCUAUUACUGCAUGGAGAAAGUGUUGAGAAGCAGUGACGAUGGCAUUGUGGUCUACGUGGCACCCACCAAGGCUCUUGUCAAUCAGGUAGUAGCCAGUGUCUACGGGAGGUUUACCAAGAACUUACCUCAAGGAAAGGUGGUGUGUGGAUGUUUCACCAGAGACUAUCGGAGCAACGUCGAUAAUUGUCAGAUCCUGAUUACAGUACCACAGUGCUUAGAAAUUCUCCUGCUCUCUCCCCCAAAACAAGACUGGGCAAAAAAAAUCCAAUAUGUGAUUUUUGAUGAGGUGCAUUGCCUGGGUGGAGAGAUUGGAGCAGAGGUUUGGGAACAUCUGCUGGUGAUGAUCCGUUGUCCAUUCCUUGCUCUGUCAGCAACUAUCAGCAAUCCUCAGGAUCUCACACAGUGGCUACAGUCGGUGAAGGACUACUGGGAAGGAGCAGAGUGCAGUCCUGAAGCAUCUUCUUCAGCGAACUCCAAGACCAAGAGGAAGAUCAAUCGACCCACUGAGAGGCAGUCCUUCAAAGUGAGACUCGUCAUUUACGGGGAACGGUACAAUGACUUGGAAAAGUUUGUGUGUGACUUUGAAGGUGGUGAAUACAAAUUUGUGCCCUAUCAUCCCUGUGCUGCCUUAACAGUGGAUCACAUUGUAAAGUACGGCAUCCCGUCUGACCUAGCACUGUCUCCAGCUGAAUGUCUCAGACUCUACGACACGAUGUCAAAUGUUAUGCGGGGCUGGCCCAGGAUGCAGGAGUUGGAACCAGAGGAAUACAAGUCUUUUAAAAACAAAAUUGUUAUCAAGAAGUCCGAUGUGAGAGAAUAUGAGGCUGAACUGAAGAAGGAACUUACCGAGUGGAUUGAAAAGGGGUGGAGAUAUGAGGUCAAGGAUGUGCUGAUGAUGUUGGAACCAGAGGUUGAAGGGAAUUUUGGGAAAGCUCACUCAAGUAACUACCCACUUCUGGUGGAAUCUCUUCAAAAGCGGAACGGUCUUCCAGCUAUUUUUUUCAUCUUCAAUAUAUCACUGGUUGAGGAAUUUGCUAAUAGCAUACUAAAGCACCUGCAGACGAAAGAGGAAAGCAGGAUGAAACCAGAUGAUAACAAAGUGAAACAGCAGAUGGAAAAAAGGAUCAAGGAGCUACGAAAGUACCUGCAAAAAGAGGAUAAACCGAUGCAUCUCAGCAGAAAUCAAGAGGAAAAACUGUCGCAAUUGCGGACAGAAUAUGAUUUGUUACUGACGAAAUAUCAAUUACUUCAAGAAAUCCCUCCCGACUGUACGUUUGCCCAGAUUACUGCUGCAGAUCGAGAGUUCAUGGACAAGGUUUUUGACCGCAUGCAGUGGGUGUUUGGCUUUAGCCACUUCCGAGAGAUGAUGCGCCGAGGAAUUGGUUGCCACCAUAGAUCUCUGAACAAAAAAUUUCGGCAAGGCGUGGAGAUGCUUUUCAGAAGCGGUGUAAUAAAGGUUGUCAGCGCCACAUCAACCCUUGCUCUGGGAAUCAACAUGCCCUGCAAGACUGUCGUUUUUCUUCACGAUUCUGUGCAUCUGGAUUCUCUCACCUACAGACAGAUGGCGGGAAGAGCAGGUCGUCGAGGGAUGGACAAUGUAGGAAGCGUGAUGUUCCACAAUGUGCCGUUAUCCAAGGUGAAGAGGCUGAUGAAGGCCAAUGUUCCCCAGCUGAGGGGCCAGUUCCCCGUGACUAUAACCUUCAUCCUCCGCCUCAUGCUGCUGGCUGCCAAAUCUAGCGACAAGACGGAUGCCAAAGCCAAGGUACUUUCCGUCCUCCGAUACUCCCUAAUGACCUUCAAUCAACCCCAAAAACAGAUUAUAGUCAAAUACUAUUUCCUCUUCACUCUGCAGUUCCUUCUCAGAAAGUGUUUCCUGGACCGAGAAUGUCAGCCUCAGGGCUUUGCGGGCCUGGUGAUGCACCUCCACUACCAUGAACCCGCCAACUUUGUCCUCAUCCACUUCCUGAUGCAAGGCCUCCUGCACCAAGUCUGCCGUCCCACGAAGAAAUGUUCAAAGACUUUUUCAGAAGACGUGAUGGAAACUUUAGUUCUCAUCCUGGCCAACCUAUUUGGCAGGCGCUAUUUUCCACCAUUCUUUUUGGAGCAGAAGCCUUCUUUCCAACAGUCCAAGGUAUUCCUGAACGAUCUUCCCAAAGAGUUUGCUGUCGCAGUCAAUGAGUACAACAGGAAUGCUCUCCACGUCUUUGGAAACUUCCUGCUCACCAUCUCACGGCAGGUUGACCUGGAAGAGGAGUUUAAGCUUCCCCUGACAAACACAUCAUUCAUGCGUUCCCAGGUGUCAGAGGUCACUGAGUUCAUCACAGAUUUGUCUAAAUGCUUAAACCGUCAGGUUACAGGAAUCUCACCGUUCGCUUGCUUGUCCGGGCACACUGACCACGAUCUGUUCAACAAUUACGAUUUAGAUAAAAUUAUUUUCCGCACACUUGGUAUUCAUAUGAAUAACAUCCCCAUUCUGCCCUUGAGGCGCUACGAUAGGCAAGGAAGACACAUGCCUCUCAACGCAUAUGCUCUUGACUUCUACAAACACGGCAGCUUGCAUGCUUUGUCCAAAGACAACGGAAUAAAUAGGGGGGAUGCCUAUGCCCUGAUCAAAGAUUUCACGUUUGUAAUUUCUGCAAUCAGCGUUUCUCUAAUAGAACGGAGCGAGAGCGUUAAUGACCCUGUUGUAUUAGCUUUCGAGCAACUCAACAAGACCUACAACAAAAAGUUCCGUGCUGUUUGGAGCUAAGAAGCCAGAAUGGGAUUUAACCAUCAAUGCCCCUGUUGGUUGGGUCGACUGAUGCCAUCACUGAGUGCCAUCAGGGGGCGCCGCAAGAUGGUUGCCUCGCCAACGUUCUGUAUGCGUUGUUUUCCUUCUUUGUGAUUUUAGCUUGUUGUAAAAUGUAUGUUUUAGUUUAUCUUUAGUUUUAGGCGGGGGGGGGGGGGGGGUGGGGAAACUUUUCUUAUCUCUGUCCUCGACGGAGAUGCAACUUUUUCCAUGUCGUAUCUCCGUCUGCACUGCGGCCUAACAUGGUGUUGGUGGCCUCUUGCUGGGACGUCUAGAGCUCCAAAACCAUGGAGCCUGGGGACUUUAACAUCUCAGAGCGUGCGAUCCCUUUGCCAGUGGUCGGCCUUUGGUGCUCCAACCUGCGGGAGCUGUGGACUUUAACAUUGUGAAGCUCGCUGUCCCUGGCUAGGGACUGAUUUCAGAAGCUCCAAGCCGCAGGAGUUUUGACCGCCCCAAUGCGGGAGCUUGGACCGCCCCGACGAGGAAGCUCGAUCGCCGGCUGCGGAUGGUUCGACUCCCCCGACAACAGGAGGAAAGAAGAUAAGACUUUAUUGCCUUCCAUCACAGUGGGGAAUGUGGGGGAGCCACUGUGGUGGAUGUUUAUGUCAAUUUUCUAUGUAGUUGUGUGUUUUGUUGCAAUUUUUGAUAUGAUUAUAUGGCAAACCAAAUUUCACAUAUGUUGCAAAACAUACUUGGCAAAUAAAUAAUGGUUAUGAGGUACCAGACCCGUUGGGUUAAAGAA